AUGGCGACUACUUGGUUCUGUGAAAACUGCAUGAAGUCCUUCAAAGUCUUUGUGAAGGAUAUGUUCUCGGUGCGUGUGAUGACUUCCACACAGUCCACCCAGGCUCGCGUACUGCAUGACGCACGCUCAGUCAUCUCAGAGCAAGAAGUAACUGGCAUUGUUCCGUGCAUGUUGAACUGUCUAGACUUGGAGGGUUGGGAGUACGGCCGUCUCUGCGCUGAGCUGGAGGAUCCAGACGCCAAAUCAUGCAGUAGCCAGUGCUCUGAUAUCCAGAAUGAGCAUUGUAAACAGCAUACUCUGGACCCGUCGGCCUGUCAGUUAGACCCUCCACAGGUGCUCGCCAGCUUAUGCCAGCUCAUUGAUGCUUCAGACGUGAGUCCAGACAAGGGUGAACUCCAACGCAGGGACCUCAAGACUCCACCAACAGAUGACCCAACGAGCAAAGAGCCUACACGAACGCGCACUCCGCCCAAAAUCACCAGCGCCUCGCCCACCCACAAGAUCCUAACGCUGACAGAGCUUACGGACGUCUCCAGCACCCGCUCUACCACAGAGUCUGUGCCCACGACAACAAACAGCCCCAUACCCACCACAUUCAACACGUUGACAUCUUCCUCGACAUCCAUGGAGCCCAGCGCCACUGUCAGUUCCGCCUCACCACUACCGUCACUAACGACGCCAGUUUCGCUCAGUCUCUCCACGGGAUCGAUAGUAGGAAUAGCCAUUGGCGCUGCGGUGCUUUGCGGGGUGCUCUGGCUUGUAAUACGAUGUUGUUUCAAGCACGGAGGAAAGCUGGACGCGGCGAAGGAUGGCCUGCACGCAGAGACAUUGAUACCCCUGGAGUUCGUUACAGUUCCGGAGAAAUAUGGAAACACGGUCUGUGAAAUUGAUAGUCGAGUGACUGCAAAUCCCCCCAGACCGGUCCAAGAGGGCAUCCAUAAAUUGGGCGGCGAGCCUGUGGUUGCUCCUCGUUCUGAGGACACGGAGACAUCCAAGAUUGUAGCCACAGUCUCGGAGGGAAUCAGGCCAAAGGAGCAGACAGAAACUGUAGCUGCCAAUGAGGCUGGCGGAGAGGGUUCAGGGACUACCAGAGACGGUCAUCCCUGA